GCUUGAGUGAUUGUCUAUAAUUGCAGUAUGGUUGAUGAUGUUGUAUGCGUUGAAUGGUUGGAUAGAAACAAAGAGCACGUAGUGAUACUGGACGCAACCUAUGAUCUGAAAGGAAAACCCGACUAUAUAGAGUUUAAAGAAACCUAUUACGGGCAGUUCGAGACGCUGAUGAAGAUCAAGACGAGCUUUAGCGAAACAUAUGCAAAGGAGCACAUUCCAGGAGCCAUGCUUUUCAAUUGUGAUGUAGCCUAUUACCCUAGCCAGUAUGUUCGCUUCGAUCUCUACCCACCUAAGGAAUUUGAGAAAUAUGUGCGGUUACUGGGUAUAAACUCCGGAGAUCACAUUGUGAUUUAUUCAAGGGGUGCUUAUGGUGGAAUGAUUUGGGCUGCACGGGUAUGGUGGACAUUCAAGGUGUACGGUCACAACAAAGUCUCUGUUCUUGAUGGUGGACUCGAUGCCUGGAAGAAAGCUGGCAAAAAAGUGACAAGCGAUGUUGCAUUUAAACAAGCAUUGACAGGCGAUGCUGCACAUAUUCAACAUGGCAACUGGUCCGCUAAGCCAAUCGACAGUGAGCAAAUCAUUACUUUCGAGGAGCUGUACGAAAAAAGACCAGGAGAAAAGUCUCUUCUUGAAGACUUAGCGAAGAUCAACUACUUGGAUGCUCGACCAGCAGCGCAAUUUUCAGGAGGUACUUUAUUUCACCUACGAGGCGCUAAGAAUAUGCCAUUAGACGAAAUUGCCGACGAUGAUGGAUUAAAAUCUGCAGAAUCAAUUGAAGAGGCUCUGGAAAAAGUUGGGUACGACGACAGUUUACCAACAGUAACAGGAUGUGCUGGAGGCGUCCAAGCAUGUUUGCUUGCAUUGGCGGUAAGACACGCAGGGGUGCAAGCUCGAUUAUUCAAUGGCAGUCUUUGCGAGGUCAGUCAACGUGCACCACAACUGAUCAAUGGCAGAUAGAUAGUUUAGCACUUUUCUUCUCAUGUUUGUGGUUGACAUUGUUGAUAAUUAUUUAUUCAAUUUAUAUGGGGUAAAGGUGCAUGGAGUAGAUAUCUAACAUUCAAAGGAACAAUUUUUUCAAAUCCAGGUCUCAGUUGCAUGACAUCUGUCAGUUUUUUCUGUCAUGGGUUUGUUGAAGGAGAUAUUCGCUAGGUCUCCAGUGCUGCUGCACUUCAAUUGUCCUCUAUUCUAUCCAUCAUUCUCAAAAACGUGCUUGAGUGCGGCGUCUCUAAAAUCACCUAUAUAAAUAGUUACUGAUACUCAUAUAUUUUUUGUAAAUAAUCAGAGUUGAUGAUGCCACUAACAAGGGUAACGAUACUCGGUG